UCAUUGCGUUCAUUGCGUUCCAAUAGUUCAAUCAGUCAACAUGGCCGAUCCUAGUCAGAAGAGCACUGUGAAUGGGAGCGAAGCAGUUACGUUAGAAGAUGACAAACCUGCCGAUGUGAAAGAAUUUGAAGGUGCUACCUUACAAAUUGGUCAAACUGAUCAACACGUAAAUGAAGCCGAGACAAACUCAAGCUCAGGUGGUUCCGGAUUCUCGAGAAAUCGACCAGGCAGUGUUAUUGGCAGAACAAGUGUCAGGUCGACAUCAAGCAAAACGUCUCUCAGACCAGGGUUUAUCAAGACUGAUGUUUCCGCUCGCUCAUUUUAUUGCUACAAGGGUUGACCACUGGGACCUGGAGAGAGAGAAGAUAAUUUUCCUGACUGACUACUCCGUCUUUGUGAUCAAGUACAAUUUCAUAAAUGAGAAGCUGUACGAGUUCCGACGUAUCAUGCUGCACAUCAUCAACUCCAUAAACGUCGGAGAUUUCAAGUACCCAAAUUCGUCAGUGAUGCCGGACCGGGAACAUGGAGGCAUCAAGAUCCGGUGGAACCAGGGUCAAGAACUGACCUUUGGACAGAAGUGGAACCCGUGGUGCACGGACAUCCCGUGGGUGACCCUGUCCCACCACCCGCUCCUCUACAACCCCAAGGAGAACGAGACAGCCACUUACAACGUGGACGAGUUCUUCGAGUCUCUCGUGGCCGUCAUCAGCAAGGUUUACACGGAGAAGCGACCGGGCGAGUCUCUGACGGUGGUGGAAGGCCCCAUCUUCAUCGAGAGCUACGCCAGCCCCGUGGCCGUGGUCUUCAACCAGAGCGGGCUUGGCUUCUUCCGAGACAGGAAUGGGGUCAGUUUCUGAGUCCUUGCUGCCUGAUUUGUCUGCGAUGACUCCCUAAAUGUGAUCCACGCCUAGAUGCCAAGAUAUGGAUGUGGAUCUCAUUUUCAUCUCAUGUCGCACGCGUCGUGACAGAUGACAUUAUGCGCUCUCCAAUGUGAUGCCUUUCUUAAUUACCCUUCUUCUGUAUUUUCAAGAUAGUUUCUAUUAUUUGCUUAGUGGUUGUUGUUGUUGUUUUUUUUUUCUUACCACACUAUAAAUCACUGUGUUUUCCAGAAAUAGCAUUAAUGAUUCUUAAAAAAACUUUUUAUUUGCUUGGUAUACGAUAGCUUACUUUUAGACCUUAGUUUUGUUGACGAUUUAUUUGUACUGCUGUAGAUGAUUUAAAACCCAAGUUUAGACAAACUGUUUUUUCAUCUGUUGUAUCCCGACAUAAUAUGAAUAUCAAUAUGUGCAAUGCAUUCCACUAGGUUGUUGAUUUUUGUCAAGUCACAGUUUUUAGACUGCACUGUGGUAAGUUACACUUUUAAAACAUUAUUUUGCUCAGAAUUGGAUGUACAGGGGUCCAUGUGUUGUAGCCAAAUGGUUGUCCUCACAGCUCAUUGACUUCACUGUUGUUCACCUUAUGGGGUCUUCAUCUGUGCUGUUCUGUCCCUGGACUUUGUCCAGUGUGGUGGACACUAAUAUGGUCGACUUCUUUUUUUUAUUUUUUUUUUAAAAUAAAAUCAGUCCUGGUCUUGUCCUAUUCUGUUUCUGGUGAAGUGUUUGAAGUUACAUGAAGACUGAUGAAACGCAACGUAAUGAAAUCUUUGUCUGUGUUGGGUUUCAGGACUGAAUCCAUCCUGGUAGAUGGUCUAGUGUGGUUGACUUCUUUUAUCUUUUUUUCAAAAUCAGUCUACGUCUUGUUCUAUUUCAUGAAAUGUUGGGUGAUGCAUGGAAACUAAAACUUAACGUAAUUACCUUAUGAAAUCUUUGUCUGUGUUAGAUCACAGGACUUUGUCCAGUCUAGCGGAUGCUCUCGUUUGGUCACUUUAAAAAAAAUCAUCUUGGUCCUGUCCUAUUCCGUGAAAUGGGGGAAGUUAUAUGAAGACUAAGUAUAACCUAACGUAGAUGUUGGUGCAGAAUGGAAGCUGGUGUUUUCUUCAAGUGAAAAGGACAUUGUAUGUCUCUGAUUUUGUUGUUCAUAGAUUGAAAUCUCAGUCUGCCCUGGAAUUGUUGUUGUUGUUGCGUAUUUAGGAUGUGACUUGUUGGCUGUCUUUUAUAGAGACAGUAUUUUUAAGAAGUCUACUGUUGUUGCUUUUUUAUUGGAAAAAUUCGGUUUAUAGCAUUUGUUUUUGUUUUUUUUCAGACUUGUUUGGUAAGGUUUUAAAGGAGUUUUGUUAAUGGAAGUGGUAGAAUAAAGUACAACAUGUUUUGCUGUAAAAAAAUUUAUUCUUUUUUUUUUUUUUUGCUUGUGAGUCCUCUUUUGAGAAACAGGCAUUCGAUGAACUCUCUCUACUACUUUUGAAAAUUUGUGGUCCCAUCGUCAUUUUAACUUGGCAAUAAUGUUUUAUUGAAGGCUACGGUCUAGCCCCUACUACUCCACUCCUUUAAUGGGCUAAGUGUUUUGCCUUUUGAAACUACUUGUUAGCGUCUCGAAGGGAACUGAAUUUAAUGUACAAGUCUAUCUUCCUUCGUACUUGGAGAAAUAUAUAAGGUUUGUACUGUGUCAUUCUCUCGGUAAGCAUAGCAAUAUCUUCCUCUGGAAAUGCUUCUUCCAGGUAGAGUGUCUGUGUUGAACCAUGACUUUUUGGGUGAAUAAAAAAAAGAUUCUUAGUUGUGCAUCCCACAAAUUAACCCAUUUUAGCCCUGACCUCCUGAGGCUACAUUGCCCCUCUGACUGAGCUCCUGAGCGAUAUAUUACUAAUGUUAAAGUGAUCGUCAGAAUUACAUUCAAUAUCCCACUCUUGGUUGUCCUCAUCAUGACCAGCAUCUAAUUCCGAAAGAUCUUCAAAAUAAUCAGUUUCGUCCAGUGUAGAAAACACGGUUCCCCACGCCUGAUUAGUCCCAGGUGGGCCCUGUUUGGGUAUGGGGUUUUACUCACCGCUGUACCGGUGGCUAGGCAUACGGGCAGUUAUACGCACCACCGGUGUACCAGUGGCGAGGGCUCGAAGGGUUAAGAUUUUGUGAGCUGACCAUGAUCUUGUGAUACUUUGUUCAUGUUGUUAUUGUUGUUGUUGUUGUUAUUGUGUCCAUGGGGACCAUCGAGUGAUCCACAAUGCCCGUGUGAUGUGGCAGGAUGGGAAGUGAUAUGACUAGGUGUGCCUUGUUGUGAUGUGAUGUGUUGUGAGGGGAAGGGGGGGUUUGGGAGAAUGUUCAGUCUUCUGCAUUGGGUGAUUGGCUGGCUCUCUGGUGUGGUCUGCUUCUUUUUUACUAACAAAAUUGUGUUUAUCUUUCCUCCUCCUUUUCUUUGAACAUCGCUCUCUAGUAAUUCCUCUAAUCUUUGGCAUUUAUAAAACAUAUUUGGGUUUUAAGUGCCAUAAAUAAAAGCAAUAGAAUUCUGGUGUCAAAAUUUCUCAUA